AUUAUGUAGAUGAUAUUUUCGAGACAUUUGUACAGUCUACUGAAUAUGACGGUGAACGUGCCUCCAAAGCUCUGGCAGAAAUAACUCCAUCGCCUAUGGACACUAUGCUGGAGAAACAGCCCAAAGAUGAAGCCAUAGCAAAAAGGGAUCAGCGAAAGCAAAUGGUGAUUGAAGAUGUCCCAGCAACUGCAACAGGUGAAUUAUUUUAAAUUGUAUUUUUUAUAUAAUUGCAGUAAAAAUUGAGUUGUAACAUUUGACUAACUUUACUACAAUGAUACAGACAGACACUACAGAAAGAAUGCAACAUGGGAUCAUACCCAGCAUAGAUCUUAAUUGGUAGAUAUUUCACACAGGACUAAUCUAUGUAUAUUGCAUGUGUUUUAUUCUUUUAGUUUGUGAGGCUGCAGAGCAUGUGACAGUGACAACAAGACAAAAGCCUCGGUGUAAAUCCUGUGGACACCCAAUGAAGGGACACAAAUUUGUUGUGGGAUGUACAAAGAACCAAAAUAGCAGUGUGGAAUAG